CGCCGCCCACACCGACGCCGACUCAACAGCACAUAUUAUCACCGGCAUUCCGACAGAUACCGAUUUGGGUACAACCCACAGGCACGACAGCAGGAUGGAUACUCUCGUGGCGCGGUACAGCCGCCCAGCCUACCACCAGAAUGAGGUCUUCACCGAGCAGGAGCAGCAGGAUCUUGCCGAUGCCGUGCCCGGCAUGCCCAGUUUAUCUCUCAAGUUUGCCAUGCCGCCAGUAGCUCAUCCGUCGGCAUGGCUUCGAGCCGCCACAGAUGACCGGUCGAACCCGUCAUGCCCCAUCAAGAUUGCGCACGGUACAACAACGCUCGCAUUCCGGUUCCAGGGCGGCAUCAUCGUGGCGACAGACUCCCGGGCGACGGCGGGCAAUUGGAUCGCCAGCCAGACGGUGAAGAAGGUGAUCGAGAUCAACAGCGACCUGCUCGGCACCAUGGCGGGCGGCGCCGCCGACUGCCAGUACUGGCUGGCCUGGCUGGGGAUGCAGUGCCGGCUGCACGAGCUCCGGCACAAGCGCCGCAUCAGCGUGGCGGCCGCGUCCAAGAUCCUCGCCAACCUCGUGUACCAGUACAAGGGCAUGGGCCUGUCGAUGGGCACCAUGUGCGCCGGCGUGACCAAGGAGGAAGGCCCUGCGCUCUACUACAUCGACUCGGACGGCACGCGGCUGGCGGGAAACCUGUUCUGUGUCGGGUCGGGCCAGACAUUUGCCUACGGCGUGCUCGACGCCGAGUACCGCUACGACCUGACGGUCGAGGAGGCGCUAGAGCUCGGCAGCCGCAGCAUCCUGGCGGCCACGCACCGCGACGCCUACUCGGGUGGCUUCAUCAACCUGUACCACGUCAAGGAGUCAGGCUGGGAGAAGCACGGCUUUACCGAUACCAACCCGGUGUUUUGGAAGACCAAGCUGGAGAAGGGUGAGUUCAGCAACGUCACGAGCGAUCUUGCCGAUUAGAGGCGUACACGGGGGAAAGGAGGUUCGAAGACUUGGCGGCGGGAAGGGUUGUAGCAUCGUCCUGGCAUUCCGCUUUUUACUUCACAUGGCACGGCGUCGGCGAGGGAUCAGGGAAUAAGACGAAUGCAAACGUGUACAUGUACAACAACAGGACAUCAACUAGAGGGCGGUGACGUUCUCAGUCUAUCUCAUGUGAACUGUGAUCUGCAACUGCGCUGUGGUAUAGUAUCUGGGUAUCCAUCUAAAGAGCUUGCCUCGCUACUAUCCCCGUAGAAUCU